AUGGCAGCGUUCAAGAAUGCCGGUUUUGCCUUUUCUUCGUCUUCUUCAAGUUCCAAUUAUGAAGUGUUCUUGGGCUUUCAUGGAGAAGACACUCACACCAACUUCACCAAUCACCUCUAUCAUGCCUUGGAUGAUGCUGAGAUUAACACUUUCAGAGACAACGAAGAAUUCCCAAUCGGGAAGAAUAUUGGGCCGGAGCUAAUCAUUGCGAUCGAGCAGUCAAGAAUCUCUAUCCCCAUCUUCUCGGAGAAUUAUGCUUCGAGUAAAUGGUGUCUUAUUGAAAUCACUAGGAUCUUGGAAUGCAAAAACACAAUGGGUCAGAUGGUUCUUCCCAUUUUCUACAAUAUCGAACCCUCAGUGGUGCGGAACCAGACGGAGAGCUAUGCAAAGGCCUUUGAGAAACACCAGACCUAUUUUCACCACAAGACCGUGCAAAAGUGGAAGGAAGCUCUGAGAGAAGUUGGAUCAUUGAAGGGAUGGGAUUCAAAAAGCGCUGCUAAUGGGUGA